UGCCAAAAUGUCUGAAAGAUCAGAUCUCCUUUACUUCAAGUUUGAAAAUUAUGGAGAUUCAAUGUUACAAAAAAUGAACAAAUUAAGAGAAGAGAAUAAAUUUUGUGAUGUUACAGUUCUCAUAGAUGAUAUUGAGGUCCAGGGGCAUAAAAUUGUGUUUGCUGCAGGUUCCCCCUUCUUAAGGGACCAGUUUUUACUGAAUGAUUCCAAAGAGGUGAAAAUCUCCAUAUUACAGAGUUCUGAAGUGGGGAGACAAUUGCUCUUGUCCUGUUAUAGUGGUGUUUUGGAAUUCCCUGAGAUGGAACUGGUAAAUUACUUGACUGCUGUGUGUUUUCUUCAGAUGAGCCACAUUGUAGAACGGUGCACACAAGCCUUGUGGAAGUUUAUAAAGCCAAAACAACCAAUGGAUAGUAAAGAGGGAUGUGAACCGCAAAGUGCUUCUCCCCAAUCAAAAGAACAACAGGGAGAUACCAGAGGUUCUCCAAAGCAGGACUCACUUUGUAUUCACCCAUCUGAAGACAGUAUGGAUAUGGAGGACAGUGAUAUCCAGAUUGUUAAGGUAGAAUCUAUUGGGGAUGUAUCAGAGGUUAGAAGUAAAAAAGAUCAGAACCAGUUUAUUUCUUCUGAACCCACUGCUUUACAUUCAUCAGAGCCCCAGCACUCCCUGAUAAAUUCAACUGUGGAAAACAGAGUAAGUGAACUAGAGCACAACCAUCUACACAAUUAUGUGCUCUCUUAUACAGGCAUGACUUCAAAAGAUGUCUUUGGGCUUAAUAUUCGAGGUGUAGAUUUCUUACAGUGGCAUCACCAGUGCCCAAAAUGUACUAGGGUAUUUCAUCACCUGGAGAACUAUGCCAACCACUUAAAAAUGCAUAAACUGUUUAUGUGUCUACUCUGCGGCAAGACUUUUACUCAGAAAGGCAACCUUCAUCGACACAUGCGUGUACAUGCUGGAAUUAAACCUUUCCAAUGUAAAAUCUGUGGGAAAACCUUUUCUCAGAAGUGUUCCUUACAGGAUCAUCUUAACCUUCACAGUGGAGAUAAACCCCGUAAGUGUAACUAUUGUGACAUGGUUUUUGCACAUAAGCCAGUGUUGAGGAAACAUCUUAAACAGCUACAUGGCAAAAACAGUUUUGAUAAUGCCAAUGAGAGAAAUGUGCAAGACCUUACAGUGGACUUUGAUUCUUUUGCAUGUACAACAGUCACAGACUCUAAAAGUUAUCAACCACAACCUGAUGCAACACAGGUCCUAGACGCAGGUAAACUGGCCCAAGUGGUCUUGAACUUAAGGAAUGAUAGUAAUUGUGUGAAUUGAGUAGAGACCUAGUGCUCUUAAUUAGAACUGACUGAGAAUGUGGCAAUAGUGUGAAUCUUGUUAGGAGUGAUUUUGAUAGUUUCUUUUCCAAAGCCUCCAUGUAGGUGGUCACACACAG